ACUGCAGUCUGUGUCUGACCGGCGGGGGCUGCGCACGCGUCUUGCUCGGCUAGUGUUCGCAAGUGCCGUGAUCGUGAUUAUGUGAGGUGUGGAACUUCGAUAUUUUAUCGUGUGGACAAAGAACGGUGGAGCGACUUUUGUGCGCUCGCGAAAACCGAUCGUUAUUAAAGAUCGUUGAUCCCACUUUAAGUUAAUUGUUUGAUCGAUACGAGCGCAUCUUCGAUCGGUUUACACGUACUUAUGGCCUGAUCAAACGAACGCUGAUCAAUAAAGGAGUCCCACGGAUCGGUUGUCCUCAUGCAUUUGUGAGAAUCCUACACGAGCAUGUGGGGCUCAGCGUCGCUACGUGCCCGACUCUGCGCGGGCGUCGCCCUGGCUAUGUCACUGUCGCUGGGCGCUACACGGCGGGAACCUAAGGACCCUGACUCCGACAUCUCGCUGUGGAUAGAUGAGCGACAAGUUCGCAUGUUUAGUGGUAUAUCUAUGCAAGUAUUCGCCAUCCUCAACGGGCGCAUCCCACAGUACAUCCUAGACCCGCAGUUCUCACACAAACUGCCCACCAUCCCAUCGGAAGUUAGCUACGUCAACUUCACAUGGAAGUCGCGCAAGAAGUACCACUACCACUUCGAUAUACUCACCAGCUCGGACCCCAAGGUCCUGAAGCCACCAGUGUUGAGUAUUAAGACGCAGGGACGCGUGCCUUCUAAACGGCCUAAAGAAUUUAGUAUAUUUUUGCCAUGCAUGGCGAACAACAGUGGCGUGGCCACAUUUGAAAUAGGCCUAGUGCUCAAGCACGGCCGGGGCAUACCGCUAAACGGCACCCCUCUCAGACUUAGCCUAAAAAAGGAAUGCGCACAGAGAGGUGUGUAUUUAGAAAGGACAGGGCCGGAUCCCGAGUGCGACAAAAAAUGCGCCAAUCAGGGCUGGUGCAACCACGAGAAGAUUUGCCAAUGUCCCGAGGGCUAUAUGGGGCAGCACUGUCGCACGGCGCUGUGUUACCCGCAAUGUAUGAACGGAGGGAACUGUACUGCACCAGGAGUGUGCUCUUGCCCUGCUGGGUACCAGGGAUUGCACUGCGAAGGAGGAAUAUGUGGACAAAAAUGCUUGAAUGGGGGAAAGUGCAUACAGAAGGAUACGUGCGAAUGUCCUAAAGGAUAUUACGGACUUAGAUGCGAAUUUUCAAAAUGCGUGAUUCCAUGCCUGAACGGCGGUCGUUGCAAGGGCGUCAACAAAUGCCGCUGCCCCGCCGGCUUCGGCGGCAACCACUGUGAAGUUGGCCGACGAGGCGGCGAAUGUGCCCGCGGUUGCCGACACGGAGCGUGCCGUGGUGGAGCUUGUGUAUGCGAGCCGGGUUGGAGAGGGCGCGCCUGCCAUCGCAGCUCGGGUUCUUCUGAAGAGUCCAGUGAGUUCAAGAGACCGCGAUGAAGCGACAGACAGUGACGAACUAGUGAUGUGAUUCUCUUAAAUUUAUUAUAAAUUCUAACAAAUACAUGUUAAUGUAUGUUUAAUUAGUCAUUUAGGUGUAAGCGGUAUGCCAGCUAGGUGUAAUAAGUGAUGAAAUUUAUGCAAUAUGAAAUUAUAGAGUUUAUUGAAUUCA